GGACCAUUAGAGAGAAAUUUCGAGACCUUGAUAAUAAUACAAUAUGAAUGAAAACGAGAGUCAUUUUCAUUAUUGAGAAUAAGUGUAUUACGGAGUAUAUAAUUAUAUGGAGUAUAAUUUAAAAUUAUUGUCUUAUACAUAGGAGCAAAACAUGAUAAUGCAAGAAUAUAAGAGUUUCUUUAAAGGGAAAUACUUUUAAAUUUUAUUUCCUAAUCUAAGGUACUUUUAAACUUAUUUUCUAAAGAUUUGUCUAUUUGCAGCGGCUGGCUAACCCUUAGCCUAGUUUUGUCCACCUUCGUUUCUACGAAGUGCGAGUUUAUUGGUUGGAAGAGCGGUGGGUUGCAGGGUUUUGACGAGUGACGGCUUCGGGUUGGUGGUUAGGGCGGUGAGGUUGGCUUUUUAUUCAGACUUCUUGGUCGGUCGGGGAUAGGGUAACGAGCAGGCGGCCGAUUCCUUUGAAGGUGUAAGGUUCGGCGAAGAGUUCCCUUUCAUGGAAAACGUGGUUGACCGAUAUAGGCAUAUGGCAAUCAGGGAAGACGAGGAAGAGAUAAAUCUCGACGAAGGAGAGCUUGAAGGCGUACCAGCGGAGGAGGUGGCAACGGGCUUUCCUGUGAUCGGGCAGGUAUUGAUGGAUCGCAAAGUCCGAUUCUCGGAACUAAAGGAUCAGAUGCUUACGCUGUGGAGGCCAGGAAAAGGUAUGUCGGUUAAAGAAAUUGGGGGGAAAAGGUAUGUAUUUUCCUUUAACCAUCGUUUUGAUAUGAAGCGUGUUCUGGAUGGAGGUCUUUGGCAAUAUGGACGUAGUCUGGUUUUACUUAAAGAAAUUAUGCCUGAUGAUAUACCACACAAAAUUGUUUUGAAUGAGGCUGAGUUUUGGGUUCAGGUCCAUAAUGUCCCCUACAGUUUAGUUAAUCUGGGUACUGUCAGACGUGUUGGGAGUUUUUUAGGAGAAUUUGUUAAAUAUGAUGAUAAUCAGAAAAAAGAAAAGUUAGAGCCAUAUAUGAGAGUUAAGAUCCUUAUGAAGAUGGAUAAAUCACUGAAGAAGGAGACAAAUCUGAAAAAAGAUGGUAAAAGUUUUUGGGUUGAUUUUAAAUAUGAAAGACUAUCCACCUUUUGCUUCUCCUGUGGUUUGGUUGGACAUUCAGAUUAUUUCUCUCCUCUGAAUUAUGAGAAGGAUUGGUUUUGGAAAAAAGAUAUGGAUCCUCUCUUAGAGCAGCUGGCGGGGUGAAGACAAGCCCGGCAGGACUGCAAUCCUGGCUCCUGGAGGGCUCAUCGAGCUCUGGCAGAUCGGGAGGCGGUCCAGGGGCACCCAGGCCGGAAGGAACUAUGCCAGAAAAGGAGAAACUGAGAAAGUGGCAAGGACAGAAUCUGCUCAAAGUUUCACACAAGGAGGGGAAGAGCCAAAGGAAGAGUUCUCUAAAAGAAGAAAGAUCUGGGAGACUCAGACAGAGAAAGAGCACGAAGAGGAUACUAUGGUCACAGAUGGGACAAAAAACGGGGAGGAGGCGGGCUUUGUUCCUUAAGCCUGCCAAAUAUACUGGUUGAAGGUGUGAGGCUGCAACCUGGAGGGUUGGUUCGGGUUGUCUGGCGGCGACAAGGGUGUUAUUUAUUUUGCUUUGUUUACUUUUACAGCAAUUAUUGUUUUUGUUUUGGUUUUUGUUUCUGGUUUCCUGUUCUGGUUUGUAAGACGUUGAUUUUGGAUACGGGGGUUGAGAGGAAUAUGGUAACCGUGUUAGGCUUUUUGUUUCCCGGUUAUGGAUCAGCGAAUUAUAUUGCUACGGUGGUUAAUUCCGAGUCUAGUUCGAGGGAUAACGGUUAUCAGCUUUCUUUCUGUUAGUUGACCCAUACUCUGAAUUUUUGGUUAUUAAUCUAAGCCAAUUUCAUUAAAAAAAAGUACUUUUAAACUUAUUUUCUAAAUAAGAGUAUUUAAUCUAAUAGUGACUAUAUCACGGUAAAUUACAUGGUACAUACCGCCGAUUGUACCAUCUGCAUGGCUCGGUUGUUUUAGUUAGUUUGGCCCAUGCUUUUGACCCAUGCUUUGGAUAUGCUGGAAAUUAACUCACCUGCUUGUUUCACAAG